CGUGUACCAACAUCAUACGAAUCGGCGGUGCUUGCGCGGCGGAUCCUCUCGCUGACGCCGCUGGGGACGCUCGCGACGGUAUUUCCCGCCUCCUCCAGCCACAACAGCCACAGCAGCAGCAAUGACCCGUCAACAGAAGAGAACCGGCCGGACGGGCUUGGCGGCAUGCCGCACGGGCUGAUGGAGUACAUCUCGGACUGCUCGGGCGAGGCGGGGCUGGGCGACGACGGCAGCCCGACGCUGCUGGCCAUCACCAUCGAGACGAGCUUCAAGAACGCCGCCGCGGGCAGCAACGUCAGCCUGGCCGUGCAGUGGACGCCUCCGCACCCCCCGGCGAAGCGGAUCCAGAGAAGCGGUGACAGCGGCUUCGUCAACAGGGCCCUGUCGUAUCUGGGGCUGCGCAGGACCCGUCUCGGCGAAGAUGAAUAUUAUGGUGAUGAGGACGUCAAGAACGUGAUGCCCACGCCACCAACACCGUACUCGGCAGCGAACCUGCCGCGGUUCUCGCUGCUGGGACACGUCGAGCGGAUCGAUGGUGGCGACGACCGCCGCGCGGGCGGCUCGGUGGGCGACGCGCUGGCGGCGUGCUUCACGCGCGUGCACCCGGACGCGCGGUACUGGCUGCCGGGGUCGCGCGUGCACGAGUCGCACUUUGUGCGCCUCGUGGUCGAGCAGAUUUAUUGGAUUGGUGGUUUUGGAGACCGCGCUUACAUCGGCUGGAUCUCCGUCGACGAGUGGAGAGCGGUCACCCGCAAGGAGAUUGAGAGCGUCCGGCUGCCCGGCGAG